ACGCACCACAACAGGCGGUAUAUAUAUGUAUCAAGAGGAGCAAGAUGGCCGCCACGAGCAGCAGUCUCGAGUUGCAGACUCCGUCGAACUAUGUAUAUCGUACGAAUGCGAGCCGUAUCGACAAUAGUUAAAUACCUAUAAAAGCAAACCGCUCCGAAAAUUUGAGCUACGGAGAAAAGGACUAUUCGUAACACUGCAAUGCUGCGAGCCGUCUCUCGGUCUCAACUCCAAAACAUGUUAUUGUCUGUAAACGGAGACGAUGCUGUUGCGCGCGCGCACGCACACGCACACAUACGCACAGACACGCGUGAUUUGCUCGUGUGCGUUCGUGUGCAUGUACGAGUAUUUUUCAAUCCCAAAACAUCACGCAGUCCGGUCGGUGUCGCGAGUUGCGUGUCUGCGUGGUGUGGAGCCGCUGCUGCUGCCUGCAAUGUGCAAUGCAUCCCCCUCCUGAAUAGUCUGCAAUCCGAUCCGCAGUGAUUUCGACACCGUCGACUCAGCGUUUAUUUUUUCAAUUCUGCUCACCUAAUGCAAUUUUGAAUCGCUCGAUUCUGACGCUUACUCCGGUCGUCGUCGUCGUCUAUAUUUUAUUAUUGAAGUCGUUGAAAGGUUCACGGAUUUUUUUACGGGUUCGCUCGACAGGGUGCGAAUGCGGACUUGAUUUUUCAAAAAUUCAAACGCGCGCUGAAACGGGUUGGAACGUAAACAAUACGCCUGUAAAGGGAAAUUUUAACAACUGAACGCACUAUUGACAUGUGAAGAAACAGUUGCAACAAAAUCCAAUUGUUAGCGAUUAAUGACUUGACACUUAAUCUCAUUUCGUCAAUUCUUCGUAAUGGAAGAUUUUGAAGAAAUUUACAAAAAUUUUCCUGAAUUAAUAUAUAUCAAUGAAUCUCCUUCUACCUGGAAAGGUAUUUUAACAGUUGUCAAUAGGCACAAAAACUGUGAUAUUAAAAUUAAAGUAAAAUUAGUUGCCCCAUCUUUUCCUGCCUUGGAAGAUGCUACUGUUUUUUUCGGAAAAAAUUUGGCAAAUUUAUUUGGAACCAGCUUUAAAAAUCAAAUUGAUUCAAUUCUCAAGAGAUCGGAGUCUCUAUCAAAAUUUUUAGGGGAAUUAAUAGCUGUCAUAGAGCAAUUAUUGUGUGAUCAAAGUAAUAGUGAAAUAAACUUCAAUUGCGAAACAGAUGCCAGAGAUAAAUUGCUGAAGGAAUUGAAAUUUGUGUUAUCUGAACGUUCAGAAGUGGAAAUAUCAGCCUCUAAAAAUUUAAGUAGGAUAAAACUUUCUAUGAAUGAAAUUUCCCUUGUAGUUCAACCUAGUGUUUCGUCAUUAGGGCAGAACACUUGGAAAAUAAUAUCUUCAGAUUUGCCAGAAUUGCCUGGUUUUAACGUCUGUGACAAAAAAUCACUGACAUUAAAAGAAAUACGUAAUUCUUUCCAAAAGCAAGUAAUUACAUUAGAAGAUGUGUGGGAACAGUUGAGAAAAAUUGACAAUUACUGCUGGGUCACUGACCCUAUUGAUCCAAAGCCAUAUCAUCUUUAUCGCAGAAUUAAUUUGUCUCCAACGCUAUCGUUUAUAUUGACUUUGAAUCCAUUAGAUCCAACUGGCUACCCAAACAUCAAAUUUCUUGGAGCUAAAAAAGAAGUAGAAAAAUAUAGAGAUAUGAUUCAGGAUGAAGAUGCUAUUGAUAAAUGGGAGCUAGAAGACAGUGUCUAUGAAAAUCUUUUAACUUUAUUGAACAUUGAUGAAUUUCCGGUAAAACCAAAAGAAGCUGAAGAAAAUGAAGAAGAAGGCAUGGUUGGUGAUGAAGAAUGCUGUAUAUGCUUUUCUAAAGAAAUAGAGGAGAAUGAAUUGCCUAAUGAAAUUUGUAACAAUUAUAGAUGUCGAAAAAAUUUCCAUUCUACUUGUUUAUUCCAGUGGCUGCAAGAACUGGUGUCAAAUAAAAUUGUUUUCAAUCAAAUUUUUGGACCAUGCCCAAACUGUGGAGAUGAAGUGUCUUGCAAUGUUCCUGCAAGUUAAUAAUUAAAUACUAAAAUUAGUUGUAUGAAUAAUUUAACGUUUAAAUCUGUAUAGAAUCAUUACAAAAGCUAUAGUUGUAUAAACUACUUUGUUAAAUAUUUUUAUAUUUGCUCAUUGUUUCCACUCAGUGAUUUUUAAAAGUUUAACACAUUUACUGGAUAAUUUACAAUAAAAUGUAUUUACAAUAACUAAAAUUGGGA